GUGUCAACCGCUGGCUGCAGAGUUAUCUGGAGAGACAGGUGAUUUUCUUGACCCUGAAGAUAAGCCAAAAACCGAAACGACCUGAGAUUCAAUGCUUUGAUGAUCGUCACACACAUCUGGCGAAGGAUAUGACAAUAACCACGAUGCGAGAAAUAACAACACAUUUUCGACGGUUUUCGUUCACGGCCCUAGCUACCUAGCUAAGCUAACUUAGUCGGAAGCUAGCGAAGCCAGUUUGUCAGCUUUCAUCCUGGGAACAUGAUUUGAGUUGGAGCCGAAUUCGAUGUGACAUCUUUAUAUUUCCACCGUGGGUGUAGUCUUUAGACGCCGACUCGUAGCUGGGCUUCCAUAACUUAAACGCACGAUGUGGCUGCAGCAAAGACUAAAGGGGCUACCGGGCUUGUUGUCAAGCAGCUGGGCGAGAAGACUCCUCAUAGGACUACUGCUCUUCCUCAUCUUCUACUGGUACCUGGGAGCGGAGAACAGGUGGAGGCUCUUCAGCGGCUCCGCCAUGCCCGGUGGGGCGGCCGGACAGUGCCUACUUGCUGAAAUCCACAGAUGGAAGUCUCUCGUAGACCGAGGAGAGGGAAUAUAUAGCACACCUCAGGAACAAGUAGACACACCUUUUGUAUCAGGUAACGGCCAUAUUCUGCUUGACAUUGACUCUAACAAACUAUGGGUAGCGUCGUCUUCACAGUCCGGCUCUGCUCCGGUCCACCAGACUGAAUACUCACCGAGGGUCGGCGUCCAUCUGGAGGGAAAGCGGGCCGAGGCUCAGGCUAGCAUGUUGUGGUUCCGCAAAGGCGCCGUGCUGUCGGUCCGCUGUGCCUCACCAGCCGCCCUGCAGUCAUCCCGGGACUGUGUCACCAUCAGAGAGGAGUUUAUCGCGCACAGAAGCAGACCCAACGUCUAUCUGCAGCGAAUCCACAUCAACAACCCGUCUGACAGGGCUGCCUCCUUGGAGGUUUCCUCUGAUAAUCCCUCCUUCGGUAGCAAGUUCUCCACAGGUGUGGAGAAACUGGAGGACAGAGAGAUAGUGCUCUCCUCCGGCAGAGUGCCUGUGGAGAAUAACCGGAUGGUGCUGGUGGUGGUGGUCACCAAGAAACUGAACAGCAGGAUCCAGGUCUCUGCUAAAUCCGAGUACAAAGACAACAUUCUGUCAGUGGUGUGGACCUCGGAGCCCAUUGAGUCCUCCAAGCUGGAGGAGACCUUCAGCACCCUCAGAGAAGGAGCCAAGAAGGAACUGGGGGAGCUGCUGAGGGCCAGUGUGGAGGAGCUGGUUGUGGAUCACCAGCAGGCCUGGAUGGACCUCUUCAUUUCAGGUAUUGAAAUGAGGAAGAUCACUGACUCCCACACGCCGUCGAGCAGCACGGUGAACACCACCCUCUACUACAUCCUGUCCUCCUCCAUGGCUCCCCUGCUGGACCGCAGGCUGAGUGGCGAGGAGCGCGCUCGUCUCGAGUCCAGCCUCAACUAUGCCGACCACUGUUUCAGUGGCCACGCCACCAUGCACGCAGAGAACCUGUGGCCCGAGCGGGUGAGCAGUGCCGCCCAGAUCCUGCAGCUGGUCACGCUGUGGACUCUGACUCUGCAGAAGAGAGGCUGCAAGGUGCUGGUGGCGGCGGGCGUCCACGGAGCCAUGCAGGGCAUGGUGCUGAGCUUCGGCGGCCUACAGUUCACAGAGAACCACCUUCAGUUUCAGGCUGAUCCAGAUGUGCUCCACAACAGCUACGCCCUGAGAGGGAUCCACUACAACCAGGACCUCAUUAACCUGGCGGUCCUGCUGGACGUGGAGGGGAAGCCUUUUCUUCACGUGUCGGUGAAGCCACAGGAAAAGCCAGUGAAGCUGUACGCCUGCGAGGCCGGCUGCCUCAACGAGCCCGUGGAGCUGACGUCAGAGAUCAAAGGUCACACCUUCCCGGUGAUGGUGACCCAGCCCAUCACACCGCUGCUCUACAUCUCCACAGACCUGCGCCACCUGCAGGAUCUCCGCCACACCCUGCACCUUAAGGCUAUCCUGGCCCACGAGGAACACAUGGCCAACAGAUACCCGGGCCUGCCCUUCCUUUUCUGGUUCAGCGUGGCCUCGCUCAUAACUCUCUUCCACCUUUUCCUCUUCAAGCUCAUAUACAACGAGUACUGUGGCCCCGGCGCUAAGCCCCUCUUCAGGAGCAAGUUUUGACCUUCACCCUCUCUGUGAGUGAACUUUAUUUUCCCAUCUCACAUGGUACAUGGUUUGGAGUGGGUUGGCAUUAAUCGCCUUACACAGCUUGCCCCCCCCCCCCCCCCCUCACUAAAGAUGAUUCCACCAUUGUUGUUGUUGUUCAAAGUUGUUUGGUGACGGAGGAAGUGAUUAAGUAUUUCACUGCAGCUGUUUCCUGUAAAAGACCGUGAGCAGCGGAAAAGCUGAUCUGAGUUUAACGCAGCCGUAGAACAGUAGCCCUCAUUGAGAUUACAGACCUUGAAGUUACAGUUAGCCAUUUGGUCUACGGCGUUAGCACCCCACCUGUUCCACUGCUCUUCAUCUCCGUUGUGGAAUGUAAAGAAUUUGUUGAUCGCAAUGGAAGAAAAACAAGCACAAGAGUUAUUGUUUUCUCUCAGAGGAGGAGGCGACAGCUUUUCCCUGUUUCUCUUGUUAGUUUAAAAUUUUCAGAUUGUGCUUUGUACAAAGGGCUUCACUCCAUCACAGUGUCAGCUUCAGUUUACAGAGUAAUGUAAUCCAAUACAGCGGAAAUCAUGUCUGCUUUUAUUUUUGUAAAAGUUCAAACUUAUUGUUAUUUUGUAAGUUGUGAGACCUUUCAGUUCAGACCUGCUCUGACAACAUUAAAGGCAGCCUGUGGAGUUUCUGAAGACUAGCAGGGGGGGAUGGAACACAUUGGUGGUGUUAAUGUAUCAGCAAACAUAGCAGCGGGGGGGGAAAUGGAAGCCAGUGUAAACAUGGACGUAAAUGAUCUAAAUCUCAAUGUGCUUUAAGGAAGGAAAUGGAUCCAGCAUGUGUGCAAAACCAGUGUGUUUUUUGGAGACACAAUAAAUGUAAACAGAACCUUUGUUUGUUUAUAAGAUAGUUCCACAGGGUACCUUUAACUUUGGCUAAAGUAAGAGCAGCUUUAAUGCUCACUGUGAUGGAUGACCUGACUACAACACUGCAGCUGAAAUAUUGACAGGAAAAGUUUACUACAGCUGACAGUUCAGUUUUUAUAGCUCUGCUCAGCAGUCCUGAUUACACUGAUAACGUUGUGCUCAGUUAAUAGCUGAAAACUAGGAACACAGCAGUACUGUGAAAAAAAACAGACAGACUGUAAACAAACCCACAGGUUAGCCAGAGGUAUUUGGAGGAAAAAAACAAAGGCAGAUGGUGAAUGUAUUACCCAAACUGUCUGUUGUAGUUUUGUGUGUACAUACAGUUUUCCUGUGCAGUGAGGGAUUACUAGCAUUACCAAGCUGUGCUCGUUUUCAUUUGACCUCCAAAUACAGUGGGUUUAGAUCAUCAGUUAGAUAAACUGUCGGUUUGUUUCCAAGCUGUCUGUCUGCUCAUGUUGUUGACCUGUUGAGAGCUGCGAUAAUGAAACUACAGCUGGAAUAAAUCUUCCUGUUCCUGUAUGUGAGAUGAUCCCAAAGCAAAAUGAUCCUCCACAUGACAGAAGCCCAAAAUUAGAUUAGUACAGCAUGGUGGUGCUAAAAGUCCAUAACGUCUGUUGUCAUGUCAAACUGCCUACAUGUUUACAGAUGUCGUCAUAGAAACGAUGGAGACCUGCCGGACAGUUAGCGAAGGUUGUGCUGCAGGCUAAAUGUCUAAAUGCCUCAGCUCAGCACGGGCUGUGCGCUCACUUUGCCAGGACUCUUUUUUUUUUCUGCUAUUCCCUUUUCUUCCUGCCUUUUGAUGAUGUUUUAUAUUGAAUCACUCAAUUAAAUUAACAAGAAAUCUGCGGGUUGGCUUUGGCUCUUCAGUUCUGACCUGUCACACUCUCUGCUGUGCCUCAGUCACAAAUCUCUCGUCCUCAUGCAUGUCUGCGUUUUAUCCCUUUCUCCCGGGAAGCAGUGUGGUGGAUGGAUUGGGUCGUGUUAGUCAGUUUCCCAGCUAAUCAUACGAUCUAAUGCACUACCCCCCCCCUCCUCUGACUUCACCAGGUCGCCAGCAAAAGUGAGGAAGGCUUCUGCGACACCAGGAAUGCUGCUUGAACACCACAGUGCUGUGCACACGUGUGAAGAUGUAGCCGUGGUUCUGCUUGAGCUUUGGCAGCAUGGGAGAUAUUAACAUGGGUGUGCAGGCGCUGAGUCUGAAAUGUGCUAAGGCUUUUUUUCUUCCCUUGGGUCUUCAAUGUGUCGCAGCUUUGAUAAAUACAUGACUCUGCUUUUAUAGGAAAUGGCUGUGGAGGGAGACUGCUCAGACGGAGGUGGAGGUGCGCUGCUGAGAAGGUGCAGAGGCAUGUAGGGUAGAACGAUAUGUAUUUAGAUAGUUACACAUUUGUUGUUCUUCAGGCUCUGUACUUCACUUUGAAUUAACACACAGCAUCUAAAUUGGAAGGGUUCAGUAAGUAAUUGGACAUGUAGGCUGGUAAAUGCUUCCUGGGCAGCUGUGUGUAGUUUCAGAGUUAGUUCAUGCACAGAGCACACACACACACACACACGGCUCAGAGCUGACUGAGGUGAGCUUGUCUGUCGGUAUGAGGAGUAAAGAUGUGAACAUGCCAAUGAAGAAGAAGAUAAUGAGGCUUAUAAAAAAAAAAAAGCUAAAAUCCAUCAGAGAGAUAUCAGAGGUCUGAGUCUCCCUCACAGUUCAUUCUAUGAUCUGAUCUAUGAUUCUGAUAUAAACCUCCUCAGGUUAAAGCUGAGACUCUUCACUUUAGUCUCCAUUAUUUUAUUUUAUUUUAGUUUAGAUUCAAUGAGGAGAAGCUCAGAGCCUGAAGAACAAAACAUGUGUAACCGUCCAAAUACUUAUGGCCUGGACUCUGUCAGUUAUAAAUCUGGAGUCCACCCCACCCCCAAAAAGUAUUGAAAAAUAUAUCAGCAAAUAUUCACGUGGGAAACUGGAAGCACCGAUUGUUUUUGCAUUUUUGCUUUAAAAAGUUCAUAGAUAAUAAACAUGGUGGCAGAUUUAUUUUCUCUCUGACAUUUGAAAAGCAUUUUAAAGAAGCAUCUGCAAAGUUUUCCUGGGUUUUUUUUCCUUCUGCCCCUCUGCACAUGUGCUUUAGUGUUUCUACUGCUGCCAACGUAUUUAAUGGACUUUACACUGGAUGGAUGUCACACACACAUUAAGAUCCAUUUUCUAGGCCUCAUCAUCACAUGAAGAGUAACAACUGCCCGUCUCUUUUAUAAUGGUGGUUUAUGGGGAAAGUCUUCUUUGGGCUGCAGGGGAUUUUUUUUUUUUUUUUAGCUUUAGUGCAGCGCUGUGUCACACAUUCAUGAUUCACACAGUCAAGCAUGUUGCACUUGUGGCCAUCACCUAAUCAGCAGCCACAUGCUUGAAAGAGUUACCACGUGCUUGUUUCCUACAUGUCCUUUCAAAGUUAACACUUUUUGAUUAGAGGACACACACACAUGUUGUGUGUUCAGUGUAGCUUUAAAACACAACUGCACUUCAUAAAAUGCUUUUACAUCUAAAUGUAUAUCUAAUGUUAUUUAAUAAUGGCAGCCAUUCAUCCACAUUUAUACUCUGACACAUCGAGUUCAUUUGACUCUGUGAAAUAUGUCGAGGGAGCGAUUAGUGAAUAUUAAUAAGAUGCAAAUGAUGUGUUAGAAACUUUUGCUUUUGUCAUGAUUUACAUGUUGUUUCUGAUUCAGGAUAUAUGGGGAUUGUUCAGCUUUUUCUUUUUCUGUCGGUGGGUUUUAUCCAGUCUCUUUAUUUCCUGUGAACUACUGAGUGUGCCUUAAUGAAGAAAUGAAGGAGGAGGUUAAUUUAUUGUGGCUCGUGGCUGUGGAGCCAUUUGUCGGAUUAGAUUGUACUUGAAGGGUUUGUGAUCAUGUGAAAUUGAAGCAAAAAAAAAAAAAAAGUCAUUUUGUCUCAUGUGAGGGAGAAUAAAUGACCUUCUUGUGUUGUCUGA